CUGGCCCCCAAACCAAAUCGCGCAGAUCCAGAUCCAGACCAGCGAGAGAGGUCUUCGAAGCCAACCAUGACGGACCUUGUGACGCCACGAUCCCCGGCGACGGACCUCUUCGGCGACCCCAUCGACGCGAAACCCCCCUGGUUCAAGUCCUCCUCCUUCCUCCGCCCCGACUUCGUACCCGAGUUCUACGUCGCCGACCUCCGCUCCUUCGUCCCCCUCGAGAGCCUUGCCGCGGAGCUCCGAUCCCACCUCGCCGACCUCAAGGCCGAGCUCGUCGACCUCAUUAACCGCGACUACGCCGACUUCGUCGGCCUCAGCACCCGCCUCGUCGACGUCGACGCGGCUGCCGGCCGCAUGCGCGCCCCGCUCGUCGAAUUCCGCGAUAAGGUAGCUUCUUUCCGUGCCGUCGUGGACGCCGCCCUCGUCGCCAUCCGCAGCGGCCUUCGCCAGCGGUCUGAGGCGUCGGCUGCAAGGGAGAUCCUCCAGCUGCUUCUUGACACCUUCCACGUGGUCUCCAAGGUUGAGAAACUUAUCAAGGAAUUACCAACUACUCACUCUAAUCAGUCAAGUCCAGACACAGUGUCUAGUGAGAAAGGUUCCUUAACCAAUGCUAAUUCCAUACAGAAUGUCGAAAUCGGGUCAAAUCUUAGAGAGGAUCAAAGCAUUCUCUUGGAAAGAAUUGCCAGUGAGAUGAAUCGGCUUAAAUUUUACACUAGUCAUGCAAAGAAUCUCCCCUUCAUCGAGAACAUGGAGAAGAGGAUCCAAAAUGCUACACUGAUGUUAGAUGGUAGUUUAGGCAAUUGUUUUGUGGAUGGCCUGGAAAAUCGAGAUGCAAAGGCAAUCUACAAUUGCUUGCGUGCGUUUGCUGCUAUUGAUAACACCUCAGCUGCCGAAGAGCUUUUCCGAAAAACCAUUGUGUCUCCCCUGAUUCAGCAAAUUAUUCCUCAUGACCACUUGCAAACAGUUGGUGGUGCUUCCUCAGAUGAACUUGAGCAUGAUUAUCAGAAGAUUAUGCAAUGCAUUGAGAAGGAUUGCAAAUUUUUGCUGGAGAUAUCUUCAACAGCAAAUUCAGGUUUCCAUGUUUUUGAUUUCCUGGCCAAUUCAGUGCUUAAAGAGGUCCUUAUUGCUAUUCAAAAGGGGAAACCAGGGGCAUUCUCUCCUGGAAGGCCAGCAGAAUUUUUGAAGAACUACAAGUCAAGCCUUGGUUUUCUUGCCAUUCUUGAGGGUUACUGCCCAUCUAGAUCUGCUGUAGUUAAAUUUCGUUCAGAAGUUGUGUAUAUGGACUUCAUACGACAGUGGAAUGUUGGUGUCUAUUUCUCCUUGAGAUUUCAGGAAAUUGCAGGUGCACUUGAUUCUGCCCUUAUGGCCUCUUCAAUUAACCCUGUUGAUAUUCAAGGGAAACCCCAUAAGUUGACAAUGAAGCAGAGUAUUACAUUGAUGGAAAGCUUGAAAUCUUGCUGGAGUGAUGAUGUUCUUAUUCUUUCUCACUCGGACAAGUUUCUACGCUUAACAUUGCAACUUGUUUCAAGGUACUCGUCUUGGCUAUCUCAUGGUUUGUCUGCUCGCAAAGCACGUAGUGCUAGCUCAAGGCCUGUGCAGAAUUCUGAAUGGUCUAUUUCUGCACAAGUAGAAGAUUUUAUUUAUGUAAUGCAUGAUGUGACUUUUCUGGGAAGCGAGCUUUCUGGUGUCUUUCUUGGACAAGUGAUUCAAGUUCUUGGGUCAUGCUCGGAUGAAGUAGUUGAUCUUGUAAGACAAAGCAUAUUGCAAGCUGGAAAAAAUUUAGAGGAUCUAUUACCUGCCAUAAUGGAUACAAUGGUUGAGGCUAUAGUUGAGAAAUCUGUGGAGGACUUAAGGCAGCUGAAAGGAGUCACUGCAACAUAUAGGCUGACUAAUAAACUUCCUGUGAUACCUUCACAAUAUGUAUCACUGAUCUUGAGGCCACUAAAGGCAUUCCUUGAUGGGGAGCAUAUUAAACUUUUAAUGAAAGAUGCUCGGAAUGAACUUCUGCAUGGCGUGACUGAAAAAAUCACUACUCGUUACUAUGAACUAGCAGCUGAUACUGUUAACGUGGCAAGGAAAACAGAGUCUUCUUUAUUGAGGUUACGCCAAGGUGCACAACGACGAGUUGGAGCAACUUCUGAUUCCGUGGAUAAUAAUAUUUCUGACACAGAGAAGAUCUGCAUGCAGUUAUUUCUUGAUGUUCAGGAGUACGGGCGCAAUCUUUCUGCUAUGGGGAUCGAAGCAUCCGAGAUAUCGGCAUAUCGUUCUUUGUGGCAGUGUGUUGCUCCAGAAGACAGACAAUCACAAAUAACUUUAUGAAGUAAACUUAUUUUUUUCAUUCAAGCACUGCAUAGUUCACAUCAAACUCGGAUGCUACAUACGUAGCCAAAAGUAAGACCUGUGGCUUAAGUAAUUCACUCUCUAAAUACAAAACUAUUAGAGCUUUGUGUUUCCAAUGUUUCUUUCUGUUUUUCUUUUUUGUUUCCCCUUCCCCUUCUUCCUAAAUUUUGUGAGAUCGUGUUUUGUUACAUGAUACUAGAAUCCAGGAUCUAAGUUGUAUACCUCGUUACAAACAUUUAGCGGUUGUCAAAUAUAUCGACUAUAAAUUUGAGUGUC